AUGUCCGACUCCGACAAUAAUUACGGAUCGGACGACGAUUCAUGGUGCUUUUCGAUCGGAGCAGCGAGCGAUAUCAGCGAACCCCGAUUGAUUUCGGCGGACGAUGACUUCCUAAACCCGUCGCUGUCGACAUCGAGUGGCCGGUCCAGCCGGUCGAGCUCGGUCGGCCCAGCGGAAUCCAUUACCACCGACGACGACACGUCAGACACGUCAACCCCCCUCGACGAGACAGAGUACGAAAUGGACGAUAUUGGGAAUGACGAAGUCAUCGUAUUGAGCGACGACAACGACAUAAUCGUAUUGAGCGACGGCGACAACAACGACAUAAUCGUAUUGAGCGACGACGACGACACCGUGGGUACAGUAGCCCAUUCCCAACCACCGACAACGUCUAACGGCCCCAUGUCUACGUUGUCCGCGUCUCGCCCGAAGACAUCAAAGUGCAAGGAGGAAGAAACCGCCGCCUGUUCCCAGCCAUCACCAACGUCUAACGGCCUCAUGUCUACGUUGUCCGCGUCCCGCCCGAAGACAUCAAAGCGCAUGGAGGAAGAAACCGCAACCUGUUCCCAGCCAUCGCCAAGGUUUAACAGGCCCAUGUCCAUGUUGUCUACGUUUUCCUCUACGACGUCGACUUGCACGGAGGAUGAAACCGUCACCGUCAGCAGCGAGUCAAACGGCGAAGAAAACUUCUCUUCAUCAUCCGUCAAAAAUUAUCUUCCACCAUGUCUAAGUUCCCAUAAACUUUGCUUCGACAAUGGGAUUGAAGUGGACCGAAUUUUGGGGGCUAUCAUCCAUAACAGACAACUUUUGUUCCGGGUAAGGUGGAGGAACGACAAGAACGGCGGAACAGACUACGUUGAUGCGUUUGAAAUGCACGAAAGAUGUCCUCAUAUGUCGCUCCAGUAUUAUGAUGAAAUUUAUAAAAAUAAAAAUACUGAUAAGGCUGAUAAAUAA